CAUGUUACUGCGCAUCCUGGGGAUGAUGCCCUUGGAUGUCCCGUGUGUUUUGGCCGGCGGAGGGUCUCAUGUUCGUGAGCGAUGUUCUUUUGGCCUAGGUCCGAGUGUAUUCUCUCUUCCUGCACCUCCUCGUCGUCGUUUUCCUUCUUCUGCCUCUGUGCUACCCUUGGGAAUCGUGUCAGCCCGUAGGCUCGUCUGGAAGACGUACUCCGAGGUGAAGAAUCCAGACAAGCCGCUCCUUCUCGAGAUGUACGGGAAAUAUCGCAGCGAGAGCGAGAAGAAAGCGAAGGAAGCGGAGAACCUCGCGACGGUGUUGGAGCCCCAUUCGGACGCAUUCGUGGUAGCUAGCUACGAGACGUCUGAGAAUUAUUUGCCACCUGGAGAUUUCAAGCGCGAGAAGUACGCAUCGGUCACCGAGUGGUAUUGGGUACCCAGACAGGACGUUGGUUCUGGGAAGUUUGUCGUUAAGAAGCUCAAGAAGCCGAAGGCGGAUGCACCUAUCAAGACAGUGCUGGAAUUCUUGAAGAAGCAGUCUGGUGCCGAUCUCGAUAUCUCCUCGCUGACCGCGAAAUUUGAGGAGAGCUGAUGAUCUCCAACGGCCCGCCGCCUCCGCCGUCCCGGGUCAUCGACCCGGAGCUGGAGGACGACGAGCCGGAGGGCCAGGACAGCAGCCAGCGAGCAGGCGGCAGCGAGCGGGGCGCGACGGCUCGAGGGGUGGCGCCCGGGGGAUGGAGGCAUGCUCGGGGAGGAUAUCAAGGGCAGCGAGCUGUGAGCUGGCAGGGGGUUCUGUGAGCGGACGCUGCACCUCUUCGGGGGCUGACGCAUGAUGGCCACCGCCCCGUGGCCGCCGUAGCCUCCUGCCGGACCAGCUGAAAUUCGCCUGUAGGGGGACAUGCCCGACCGAAUGCAAGCCUCGUACCCCCAUAGGCUGCCAACUCCCUGCUCCGCGGUCUUGUGCCGGAUCAGAUGGUUUGUGGUGGCUGCGUACGAGAGUCGCGCACCGACCUCUGGACUCAGAGGCAACACCGCGGACCUCAACAUUUUCGCCCUCCUCCUCCUCCUCCUCCUCCUCCUCCUCCUCCUCCUCCUCCUCCUCCUUAUGGCGGUGCCCCUCGUGGGCCCGGCUCCCCGCCAUGCUCGCGCGGGCGCCCGAUGCGCGCUCGCCGAGAGACCGCGCCCCGAGGCCAGUGCCUGCACGGCCAGGCCGAGGGCGGCAAAAAGGGCCGGGUCGCGGCAGAGCGCCGCUCAGCCGCGCUGCUUCCCUGCUGCCUCCCGCCUGCCCCGGACUCAGAG